AUGGGGCCUCACAGUGGCCGGAGAGCAGAGCGUCGCUGGCUCCUCCUCGCGCUCCUGCCGCUCUCGGGUGCGCUGUGCUUCAGCGAGCUGUUCUUCGUCACGGAGCCCCGCGACAUCACCGCGCCGCGAAGAGGCUCCGUUGUCUUGGAUUGCCAGGCACGUGGCGAGGCGCCCGUUGCCAUCCGGUGGCUGAAGAACGGGCUGAACGUGCGGGACAGCGAGCGCGUGUACCUCCUCUCCAACGGCUCCCUGUACAUCCCAGAAGUGGAGAACAGGAGAGGGGACAAGUCAGACGAGGGCGUCUAUCAGUGUGUGGCUCAGAACAAGUUUGGGUCCAUUCUGAGCCGGAAGGCCCGCUUAACUGUUGCAAGCAUCUCUGCCUUCCUCACCCAGCCUGUCUCCGUCCUCGUAGCCGAGGGCUCCGUAGCCAGGUUCGCGUGCAGGAUUGCUGCCAACCCCUCGGCCAUCAUCACCUGGGAGCUUAACCAGACAGCCUUGUCUCCAGCCACAGAAAGGGUCACAGUAUUGCCUAGUGGGGUUCUGCAGAUCCAUGGCGUACAGCUGAGGGAUGCUGGAAGGUACUGUUGUGUGGCAGCCAACAUCGUGAGCCGUCGCAGGAGUGCAGAGGCGACGCUCACAGUCAGUCCAGCUCCAGUGUCGGGACCCCCCCGGGGACCACGAAUCAUUGCCGGACCUCAGAACCUCACCGCGUCCCUCCACGAGAGCGUUGUGUUGGAGUGUCUAGCCACCGGCCAUCCCCGUCCACUCGUUUCCUGGAGCCGGGCGGAUCAGGAGCCCAUGGAUGUGUUUAGCACCAGGGUUCUGGGUCACGGGAAUCUAGUCAUUGCAGACGUGAAGCUUCGGCAUGCCGGCGUGUACGUCUGCAGAGCCACCACGCCUGGCACAAGAAAUUACACUACCGCUACGGCAAAUCUCACCGUUCUGGCGCCGCCUUCUCUGGUGGAAUGGCCCGAGAGUUUGACUAGGCCCCGGGCCGGUACGGCACGCUUCGUCUGCCAGGCCGAAGGGGUCCCCGCACCCAGCGUCACCUGGCUGAAGAAUGGAGAGGAGCUGCAUUCCAACGGGCGGAUCAGGACAUACAAUAGCAAAUUGGUGAUCAAUCAGAUCAUUCCAGAAGAUGAUGCCAUUUACCAGUGUCUGGCGGAGAACGGCCAGGGCUCGGUGCUGGCCACGGCCCGGCUCAUUGUGGUCAUGUCCGAGGAUCGGCCCAGCGCCCCCAGGAACGUGCGUGCCGAGACCGUGUCGAGCUCGGCCAUUCUGCUGGCCUGGGAUAGACCGCACUACAAUGCCGACCGAGUCAUUGCCUACUCCGUACACUACAUGAAGUCUGAAGGGAUAAACAAUGAGGAGUACCAGGUCGUCAUCAGCAACGACACAACACGCUACAUCAUCGAUGACCUGGAGCCAGCAUACAACUACACCUUCUACGUUGUCGCCUACAUGCCGAUAGGAGCGAGCCGCAUGUCCGACUCGGUCGUCCAACGCACCCUGGAGGAUGUGCCCCUCCGUGCCCCCGAGCUCAGCCUGAGCAGCCGCAGCCCCACAGACAUCCAGGUGUCGUGGCAACCGCUCCCACCCAGGCUAAGCCGGGGCCGCGUGCUGGCCUACGGGCUGUCCCUAAGGAUGGCUCCCGAUGGCGCCGUGACCUUGCUGGAGCUGCCUGGCAACUGCACUCGACACUUCGUAGAGGAGCUUCGACCCGACACCGUCUACCAGCUCCGCAUUGCUGCUGCUACCCGCGUGGGCUGGGGGGAGCCCUCUACAUGGACCUCCCACCACACACCCACUGCCUCCAGGACCAACGUACCGCUGGCUCCGCUCCUGCAACUCGAACCCCUCAACUGCACCACCAUGGUGGUUCGCUGGAAGCCCUCUGAGGGUGAUGUUACCGCAGUGCAGGGAUACCGGGUUUCCUACCACGAGGAGGGCCAGCCCGAUGGGGCAACCAUCCAGCUGGGGGCUCGUCGCUCCCAUUACGUCAUUGGAGGCUUGGACCCGAGGAGGAAGUACCACAUCGGGCUGCUGGCCUACGGCAGCAUGGGAGAUGGCUACCAGGCAGACCAGACUGCCAGCACUCCGGGAUGCGUCUCUGUCCGCGACCGCUUGGUGCCUCCUCCCCCACCCCCCCACCGCCUCUACUCGAGGGCCAACAGUUCAUCGGCGGUGUAUCUGCAGUGGGAUCGCCCUGCCUUCACCAUGGGCCAGCCGGUCCGCUACACGGUCCGCUGCAACCCUCCGGGCGUGCAGAACGCCUCGCUGGUGCUCUACCUGCAGACCGCCGAGACCAGCCUGCUCGUUCGGGGCCUGGAGCCCAACACCCGCUACGAGUUUGCUGUGCGGCUCCACGUGGACCAGCUGGCCAGCCCUUGGAGCACCGUGAUCCACCAAAACACGCUUCCUGAAGCACCUACGCGGCCGCCAGCAGCCGUCAGAGUGACCCAGAUCGAGCGCGACACAGCGCUGGUGUCCUGGAGGCAGCCGGAGGAACCCAACUUGGCUGUGACGCACUACACCAUCCUGUACGCACCCCGCAGGGCCUGGGUGGCCGGGGAGUGGCAGCUACUGCGGAGAGACGGGAGCACCACCAUGGCUCUGCUGGAAAACCUGACUCCUGGGGACAUCUACAUGGUGCGGGUGUCUGCCUCCAACCAGGUGGGCGACGGGCCUUUCUCCGGUGAGGUGGAGCUGGCCGUGGAGGGUCAGAACCAGAUCCAUGCUGUUGGUGCUGCUGUGGCCAAAGCCUUCUUUGGCACCUACCAUGACAUGGACCUGAAGUCCACGAUGGGCAUCAUGGGGGGAUUGAGCAUCGCACUGGUCUGCAUCCUCGUCUGCGUCCUGGUCCUGCUCUACCAUACCAAAGUGAGGAAAUCCUUGGCACCCAAGAGGGCCAGGCCAGGGAACCAUCAGCUGCUGCAGGCGUCAGCUCCCCCGGGCACCAAUGAGCAGCCGGAGUGUUUAGAGGCCUUGGUUUCGGCACCGCGACACCACUUCAUUGAUACGAAGGGUGGGACGGACCUCGUAAUAAAGAGUUGUGGACCAGCGAAGCCCAGCGCCCAUAAGAAGACGUGGCUGUUCUUCGGUGGUGGAGGCAAGCGGAGGCCCGAGAAAGAGCAGGUCCAGAGGAAAGGCUACUGCGAGUGCUCCUACCGUCCGGCCACAGCGGUCCUGAUGCACGAGGAUGUGGAAGUGGGCCAGCCUCCGUCCCGGACGGUUGUGUUCGGACUGCCCCGUGACACCGAAGGGUCCCACGGCAGCGAGGGCAGCCAAGAGACUGGCGACUCGGGACACUACUCGCACGAUGAGGCCGGCGUGGCGGACGUACAGCCCUCGUCUCUUGAGGAGGGCGAUAGCGGGGCCUUGGGCGGUGAAGAGCGACCCCGACUGGAGGACAUGGGCGACCCCGUCCAGAUGGCCUUUCACCCCCCACAUGAGCCCCCAGACACUUCUCAGCGGGUGCUGCCUCUCUAAGGGUGGAAACCACCCCGGCCGCACCA